CAAGUAUUGGAGCAAGGAUUUAAAUCAUAACAACCAGACUCUUGAGUGCCAAACAAGUCUUUGAAGUCAUUAAUGACUAAAGCUACCGUUAAACAUGUCCAAUAACAAACUACUGGAUAAUGCAAAUCGACUGUGGAAAAUGUUAGACGAAAUGUCUGAGAAUGACCCAGUUUGCUACCAAAAAUUUAUUAACAGACAAAUGGAGUCUUUUCACAAAACUAUAUCUCCACCUAUCAUAAGAUUUGUUGUUAAACUUACUCAAAAAUUGAACGAACAACCUUUAAUAGUCAACUUUUGUGAAUGGUCAAUUAUUCCAGAACCCGAAUCAUCAGAUACUCCAAUUCCUGUGAAAUGUGGUGAAAUAUUUAUGAUAAACGAAGUGAAUGCUAUCACAUUAGCUUUCAAUCCGAAAGUAUUUAUUGAGCAUAAUUUUAAUGAAUCAUUGAAAAAUGAUCAAAUACAUAAUGAAGAAAUAAUUUAUUGCCAAUCUAUACACAAUGAUAAUCGUUAUCAACUUAUUUGGCUUGGUUUAAAUUAUUUAGAAAAUGAAAAAUCUUUAACAACAAUUGAAUCUUAUAGUGUAAAAUAUUCUAAUAAUCCUAUACGUCCAAAAUUAUUAAAAUCAUCUAAUAAAUAUGGAAGUGAACAACAAGUAUUUAAAUCAAUUGGUUAUUUCAUUAAACCAAUUAAAACAAAUAAAAAAAUUAAUCAUGAAGUUGAUUGGAUAAAAAAUUUAACACCAGAAACUUUAAUGGAAUUAAAAAAUUCUAGAUCAACUAUGAAUGAUGAUGAUGAUGAUGCUGUUAGCGAUCAUGAUAUUGAUUUAUGUUCAAGUUCAUUAAAAUCAUUUAAACUUUCCACAGAUCAAUCAAACUAUGAUCAAAAAUCAUCAUUUAAUUCAAAUGAGAAAGUUCUGAUUGAAGAGAUAAACGAAACAUCAGUGAAUUCACAUGAUACAACAUUAGGAAUUAUAAAUUCAAUUUCAUGGUCCGCUAAAGUAAUUAAUUUUAAUUUAACUAAACAAUCAAAUAAGGUGAAUCAAUUGAAAUUAACUUUCUCAUUACCCGGUAUAAAGUCUGGGAAACAGUGCAACGUUGAUUUAACAAUAAAUCGAGUUAAAUUGGAAGUUAUGGAUUCAUCCGUUGGAUUUCAUCCGUUAGAUCUUCGUUUACCUUGUAAAAUUGAAACUGAUUUAGCAGAAGCAAAAUUCAAUUCGAAAAAAGAAAAACUCAUUAUACUUGUUCCAAUAAUUUCAUCUCCAUGAUUAAUUUUAUAUGUCAACCGUUACGUAAUAUAUAUAAUGAAAUGUAAAUAUAGUAAAAAUGCUUAAUGACCAAUGUUGUUUAUUAUACAGUAAUGGAAGCUAUUAUAUAUAUUCAUUAAUUUUCAAGUGUAACUUGACUUAAUCUAUCCGACUUUCAAAGUGAUCAUUUAAAUAAAUGACUUGAUAUAAUGGUACAGGAAGUUUUACGUUCGCAUAUAUGAACUCCCUUUAUAAUACCCCGUUGAAGUAUCUGAAAAGCAAUCUUCCGCUUUUUUCAUACUUGCAUUAUGUGUGCUACUGGUAAUAUGAAGACGGAAUGUAAAUUCAUCUCAACUUCAGCUAUAUGAUUUAAAGAGAAGGUGGUUCUUGUUAGGAGAGCUUUAAAAGUUUCCCAAACAAUUCAAAAAAGCUAAAAAUUUAUUCUAUUUAUAAUAGCAAAUCAAUCAACUUGAGGAACGCAAAAUAGUGAAUUCAACGGCAAUAUAAUGGUGCUGUGUCGGUUACUAUGUAAAACCCACAUAACUUAUUUUAACUUCUGGACAGGCCAAUUUAUUCAUUUACGUUUUGACCAUGGUAAUUAUUCACUUGUCAACCCUGACUUUUUUAUAUGAGCGUAUGUGUGUGCACUUCUUAUCCUACUCAUCACAUGUCUGUUGCUUGUUUUUUUGUGACUAUAAAUAUUGAUCAACGCUUGAUUAAAUGAAUUUGGCUUACACGCAUCUUCCAUCGCGCGUCAUUUCGCUUCGCUCUCUUUUCUUCUCUUUAUUCCUCUGAUUAUCUGUUUAGAUCAAUGAUCAUGC